AUGCUGGACUCGCUGUCUUCCACGCACUCCAAGUCGGCGCUGCGCUCGCCGCUCACGUCCAGUCUGGACGAGCAGGGCAGCACGCCCAGCGCCUCGUCCUCGUACUUCAUCGAGGGCCCGUGGGAGCAGCGCAACCGGCGCUUCCGCAACGUGCUGCUGCACGUGUGCAGCUUCAUUCUGAUCCUCGAGUUCGCCGAGCGUGUGAGCUACUACGGCAUCAACCAGGGCCUCAAGAACUUCAUGGGCAAGCUCGGCUGGUCGCAGGUGGGCUCCAACUCCCUCAAGAGCACGUGGACCUCCAUCUGCUACCUGUCGCCGCUGCUGGGCGGCUACGUGGCCGACGAGAAGUGGGGCCGCUUCCGCACGCUCUGGGUCUUCGGGGUCUGGUACACGCUCGGCGCGUUCCUGCUCACGGCGUCGGCGCACCCCAAGUUCAUGGAGCCCGAGCACGGCAACCACAUCGCCGCCAACAUCCUGUGCCACAUCGGCCUGUUCGCCGGCGUGGCCGUGGGCACGGGCGCCAUCAAGGCCAACGUCAUCACGUUCGGCGCCGACCAGUUCGACCCGAACGACCCCAACGAGGUCACGCAGAAGGAGCACUUCUUCAGCUACUUCUACAUCGUCAUCAACCUCGGCGCCAUCUUCUCGUACGGGUAUCUGUCGGUGCUGUGUGUGGAGGGUACGGGUGCUGUCACCAAGGAGUACGGCUACUUCGCGUGCUUCCUGAUCUGUGGAGCGGUCAUGGUCUUCGCCUACGUGCUGUUCCUCUUCGGGGCCCCGAGAUACGUGCACUUUGCACCGCAGGACAGUGCACUCACCAAGCUUUGCACUAUUGUGCUUGGCAACUGCGCCUUCAGCUACGAGGCCAGGAUGCUCUACUACGGCCUUAUCGCGUUCGGCUCGGCCUUCCCGUUGAACCUGUUGGCGUCUUUUUUGUCUGACUGGUUGUCCGUGGGCCAGUACCUGUCGUAUUUGGUCGUGAUGUGCUGCGCCUUCGGCAUGUACGCGUGGAUCCGCUACGGUAUGAACACGGCGUACAUGGACAAAUCGAAGGCCUCGAACGGCGGCAAGUUUAAUGACGAGACGGUGGACGAGAUCAAGAUGGUCAUCCGAGUGCUGCCCUUCGCGUCGUUCAUGAUCAUGUGGGAGUGCGCGUACGAUCAGCUGGACGCCAACUUCCAGUCCAUCGCCCAGCAGUGCGACCUCCGAGUGGGCGCCGAGGACAUCAGCGACUACGACGCGAUGCAGAUUCCAGGUGCAAGUCUAGGUAUCUUCGACCCGCUGACGAUCAUCCUGCUGAUCCCCGUGCUGGACGGCUUCGUGUACCCUUUGUGGGGGAAGAUCUUUGGGCGGCCACCGAGUGCCUUCGGUAAAGUGCUUACGGGGCUCAUCGUGGCGAUGCUGACGAUGAUUUGGUCCGGAUUCUUCGAGAUCAUCCGGCGAAACAGCGGCGAGAUCGUGUACCUGGACGCGAACGGCACGUUGCAGACCAUCCCCAACAACGGGUCGAACGAGCCGAUGAACCACACGUACUGGGCGUACGCCAUCCCGAUGUACGUGUUCACGGCUGUGGCCGAAUGCCUGAUCAACGUGACAGCCUACGAGCUGUUCUACACAGAGGUGCCUGUGUAUCUUAAGAGCACAUGUCAGGCUAUCAAUCUGUUCAUGGUUGCCAUGGGAAGUAAUCUGACGUCGACGUUCACGCUGCUGUUCGAGCACUACAUCACGAACAACCUGAACGACGGCCACUUUGAGUACAUGUACUGGACGCUCGGCGCGCUCAGUCUGGUCAACAUCAUCGCCUACGUGACGGUCAUGAAGUGGAUGGAGUUCGGCAUGGUGCGGUUUGACGCGGACGACGAGUUGCUCGACGGAGCCGUGUUCGACAGCCACGGGGUGGACAUCACGAGCAUCCAGCGGCACUCGUCGUUCGAGAGCAUUUCCUUGUCCCGGGGGUAG